UUGGAAACUUGGAAAGAAGAAGGGAAAAACAGAUACUUGGAAAAUUUUCCUAAACUACUCAGCCCACACCUGAUCCAGCCUGAUUCAAGUGAGAUUUUUCUGAUAAAAACAGACCUACAUUACACAAAAACCAACUUUUUGCUGUGAAUUAGGAAGCUGAAGCACCCGUCUCCAGAAAUGUCCUCGGAGCGUAAGGAACAGCAUGGCCUUUCACCUGGGGACUCAUCAGAAGAAGAAAGUGAGCAGUACAGUCCUCAGCCCAGCGUCUGCCUGGAGCUUCAAAAAGAACCAAGUACUGACUUCAAGCCAUUUCGGGCCAUGGAUCAAUGCAGACCUCAUUCUAGGGUCCAUGUGGAGCCUCAAGAGAAACCAAAUUCUGACUUCAAGCAGUUUAUCAUCAAAAAGCUACAGAAGAAAUGCCAGUGCAGCCCAUCCAAAGCAAAAAACAUGAUUUUUGGUUUCCUUCCUGUUUUGCACUGGCUUCCAAAGUAUGAUCUGAAGAAAAACAUUUUAGGAGAUAUAAUGUCUGGCUUGAUUGUAGGCAUCUUGUUAGUGCCCCAGUCCAUUGCGUAUUCCCUCUUGGCUGGCCAGGAGCCCAUCUCCGGUCUGUACACAUCCUUUUUUGCCAGCAUCAUUUAUUUCCUAUUAGGUACCUCUCGGCACAUUUCUGUGGGCAUUUUUGGAAUAUUGUGCCUUAUGAUUGGCGAGGUAGUUGACCGAGAACUACACAAAGCUGGCUAUGACACUGGCCAUGUUACUUCUUCUCUAGGAAACGGGAGCACAUCAUUAAACCACGUGUUACCUGGGUCAUGUGAUAGAAAUUGCUAUGCAAUUAUAGUGGGCAGCACUGUAACCUUUAUGGCUGGGGUUUAUCAGGUAGUGAUGGGCUUCUUUCAAGUGGGCUUUGUUUCUGUGUACCUCUCAGAUGCCUUGCUGAGUGGAUUUGUCACUGGUGCCUCCUUCACCAUUCUUACAUCUCAGGCCAAGUACCUCCUGGGGCUCAGCCUUCCUCGGAGUAGUGGUGUGGGCUCACUCGUCACCACCUGGGUGCAUAUCUUCAGAAACAUCCAUAAGACCAACAUCUGUGACCUCAUCACCAGCCUUUUGUGCCUUUUGGUGCUUUUGCCAACCAAAGAACUCAACGAGCGCUUCAAGUCCAAGCUGAAGGUGCCGAUUCCUACGGAACUCUUUGUAGUUGUAGCAGCCACAUUAGCCUCUCACUUUGGAAAGCUGCAUGAAAAGUACAACUCCAGUGUUGCUGGCUGUAUUCCCACCGGAUUCAAACCACCCAAAGCACCAGACUGGAACUUAAUCCCUAGUGUGGCUGUAGAUGCAAUCGCUAUUUCUAUCAUUGGUUUUGCUAUCACAGUAUCGCUUUCUGAGAUGUUUGCCAAGAAACACGGCUACACCGUCAGAGCAAAUCAGGAAAUGUAUGCCAUUGGCUUUUGCAAUAUCAUCCCUUCCUUUUUCCACUGCUUCACUACCAGCGCAGCUCUGGCGAAGACGUUAGUCAAAGAGUCCACGGGCUGCCAAACCCAGCUGUCAAGUGUGGUGACCGCCCUGGUUCUUUUGUUGGUCCUCCUGGUAAUAGCCCCUUUGUUCUAUUCCCUUCAAAAAUGUGUCCUUGGCGUGAUCACGAUUGUCAAUCUGCGCGGAGCCCUGCUUAAAUUUAAGGACCUGCCCCAGAUGUGGCGACUUAGCAAGAUGGACACGCUCAUCUGGUUUGUGACUAUGCUGUCCUCUGCCCUGAUAAGUACGGAAAUGGGCCUGCUUAUUGGGGUUUGUUUCUCCAUGUUUUGUGUCAUUCUCCGCACCCAGAAGCCAAAGAGCUCCUUGCUUGGCCUGGUAGAAGACUCUGAAGUCUUUGAAUCCACGUCUACUUACCAGAACCUUCAGACUAUGCCAGGAAUCAAAGUUUUUCGCUUUGUAGCCCCUCUCUAUUACAUAAACAAAGAAUGUUUUAAAUCUGCUUUAUACAAAAAAACUCUCAACCCAGUCUUAGUUAAGGCAGCUCAGAAGAAGGCAGCCAAGAGAAGGGUCAAAGAGGAGACAGUGACUCUGAGUGGAACCCGGGAUGAAGUUUCAGCCCAUCUUUCCUGCGGCCCCCUGGAGCUCCACACGAUCGUGAUCGACUGCAGUGCGAUACAGUUUCUCGAUACAGCAGGGAUCCACACACUGAAAGAAGUUCGCAGAGAUUAUGAAGCCGUCGGUGUGCACAUUCUGCUGGCGCAAUGCAACCCUUCUGUCAGGGACUCCCUGACCAGGGGAGAGUACCACAAAAAGGAGGAGGAAAACCUCCUCUUCUACAGUGUGUAUGACGCAAUGGUUUUUGCCAUGGAAUCUCAAAAUCAGAAAGGAACAGGUGUUCCCAAUGGUCUGGAGUCUUUCCAGUGAUCGAUUGAGAAAGUAGAUGCUAUGGGUCUAGUCAAUGGGUUAAAAUAGCCACUUCCACAGUGGAAAAUGUUUCACACUUAAAUUGAAACCCAUUAGCUACACAUCAAUCUUCAUUUGAAGCUAUUGGGCUUUAGAUCUCUAGAGAUACAGCAGAGCUUAUAGUUAGAAUCAAAGAGAAAAUAUUUUGGUUUCAGGCUUUACCGAAGAAAUAUUUUUAUUGGCAGAUGCUGUUGUGUCGGCUUCGACUCAGCGACCAUACGUGCAACCGAAAGGCACUGCCUGGUUCUGCGCCAUUCUCGCCGUUGUCCUACGCUCGGGUCCACUGUUGCAGCCACUGGGUCCAUCUCUGUCAUUGUGGCCUGCCUUAUUUUGGGCUGACCCUGCCCUGGUGGCAGAGUGGCUAUGCUUUGGGCUGCUAACCACAGGGUAAGCAGUUUGAAACCACCAGCUGCU